UUGCUUGAGAGAAGAAGAGGCGCAGGCUUGCAGUCUCUCAAACCGCCCCGCUGCAUAAAGUAUUCCAGUACAGAAGUAAAUUGUGAACCAAAGGAUUAUUUAUUUUCGUAAAAUGAACCGGAUGAACAGCUUGCUUAGCGUGCCGUGAUUAUUGCCGGAGAAGCCACAGCAGAGUGGUGCUGAAGUAGCGAGCAGCGCUCAUUCAGGUGGAGGAGAGCUAGCAUUAGCCACAGUCCUGCUAGCAGCAGCAGCAGCGCCACAGAACCCACAGUCUGUAGCCUGGCAAAAGCCACUUCUUUCAUUCAGACUCAGAGGGUUGGAUUUUUUUGGCAGAUCUCUAUGCCAGCAAUUAUGACAAUGUUAGCGGACCAUGCAGCUCGACAGCUGCUGGACUUCAGCCAGAAACUGGACAUUAACCUGUUGGACAAUGUCGUCAAUUGUCUCUACCAUGGGGAAGGACCACAGCAAAGAAUGGCACAGGAGGUGUUGACCCAUUUGAAAGAGCAUCCCGAUGCCUGGACGAGAGUUGACACCAUACUGGAGUUCUCGCAGAACAUGAAUACCAAAUACUAUGCACUGCAGAUUCUGGAAACGGUGAUUAAAACCAGAUGGAAGAUACUACCCCGGAAUCAGUGUGAAGGAAUUAAAAAAUAUGUUGUUGGACUUAUUAUCAAGACUUCAUCUGAUGCCGCAAAUGUCGAGAAGGAGAAGGUGUACAUUGGAAAACUGAACAUGAUUCUGGUACAGAUCCUGAAGCAAGAGUGGCCUAAGCACUGGCCCACAUUCAUUAGCGACAUUGUGGGGGCUAGUCGCACCAGCGAGAGCCUAUGUCAGAACAACAUGGUCAUCCUCAAGCUGCUCAGCGAGGAGGUCUUUGACUUUUCCAGUGGACAGAUGACACAAGUUAAGGCGAAGCACCUUAAGGACAGCAUGUGCAAUGAAUUUUCACAGAUCUUCCAGCUUUGCCAGUUUGUUAUGGAAAACUCCCAGAAUGCCCCCCUGGUUCAUGCUACAUUGGAAACACUAUUGCGCUUUCUGAACUGGAUUCCUCUAGGAUACAUAUUUGAAACCAAACUCAUCAGCACACUGGUUUAUAAGUUUCUUAAUGUGCCCAUGUUCCGCAACGUGACCCUCAAGUGUUUGACAGAGAUCGCUGGUGUGAGUGUGAGUCAAUAUGAGGAGCAGUUUGUCACACUCUUCACCCUCACCAUGAUGCAGCUAAAACAGAUGCUUCCUCUGAAUACCAACAUCCGCCUGGCGUAUGCCAAUGGUAAAGAUGACGAGCAGAACUUUAUCCAGAACCUGAGCCUGUUCCUGUGCACCUUUCUGAAAGAGCAUGGCCAACUGAUUGAGAAGAGACUAAACCUGAGGGAGACUCUGAUGGAGGCUCUGCAUUACAUGCUACUGGUGUCAGAGGUGGAGGAGACUGAGAUUUUCAAGAUCUGCUUGGAGUACUGGAACCACCUGGCAGCAGAACUGUAUCGGGAAAGCCCUUUUUCCACCUCCACAUCGCCUCUGCUGUCUGGCAGCCAACACUUUGAUGUGCCUCCUCGCCGUCAGCUCUACCUGCCUGUGCUGUCCAAGGUUCGUCUUCUCAUGGUGAGCCGCAUGGCGAAGCCGGAGGAGGUGUUAGUGGUGGAAAAUGACCAGGGGGAGGUGGUUAGGGAGUUCAUGAAGGACACCGACUCAAUCAACUUGUACAAGAACAUGAGGGAGACCCUCGUGUACCUCACACACUUGGACUACGCUGACACAGAGCGCAUCAUGACUGAGAAGCUGCACAACCAGGUGAAUGGCACGGAGUGGUCCUGGAAGAACCUUAACACCUUAUGCUGGGCCAUUGGCUCCAUCAGCGGGGCCAUGCAUGAGGAGGAUGAGAAGAGGUUCCUUGUUACUGUCAUUAAGGACCUAUUGGGGCUCUGUGAGCAAAAGCGAGGCAAGGACAAUAAGGCCAUCAUUGCAUCCAAUAUCAUGUACAUAGUGGGCCAGUACCCACGUUUUCUGCGGGCCCACUGGAAGUUUCUGAAGACUGUGGUCAACAAGCUCUUUGAAUUCAUGCAUGAAACCCAUGAUGGUGUGCAGGAUAUGGCAUGUGAUACCUUCAUCAAAAUUGCCCAGAAGUGCAGGAGGCAUUUUGUCCAGGUACAGGUCGGAGAGGUGAUGCCCUUCAUUGAUGAGAUCCUCAACAACAUCAAUACCAUAAUUUGCGAUCUUCAGCCCCAGCAGGUUCACACGUUCUACGAAGCCGUGGGUUAUAUGAUCGGGGCUCAGACUGACCAGGCUGUCCAGGAGCACCUCAUCGAGAAGUACAUGCUGUUGCCCAACCAGGUGUGGGACAGCAUCAUCCAGCAGGCAACCAAGAAUGUAGAUGUUCUGAAGGAUCCAGAGACUGUGAAGCAGCUGGGGAGCAUCCUGAAGACCAACGUGCGGGCAUGCAAGGCGGUCGGACACCCCUUUGUCAUCCAGCUUGGUCGCAUCUACCUGGACAUGCUCAACGUGUACAAGUGCCUCAGCGAGAACAUCUCUGCUGCCAUCCAGACCAAUGGGGAGAUGGUGACAAAGCAGCCUUUGAUAAGGAGUAUGCGUACGGUGAAAAGGGAGACACUCAAGCUGAUUUCAGGCUGGGUCAGCCGCUCCAAUGAUCCACAGAUGGUGGGCGAGAAUUUUGUUCCGCCUCUUCUGGAUGCCGUACUGAUAGAUUACCAGAGGAAUGUUCCUGCGGCAAGGGAACCCGAAGUCCUCAGCACCAUGGCAACCAUUGUCAACAAACUGGGUGGCCACAUCACUGGGGAGAUCCCACAGAUUUUUGAUGCUGUGUUUGAGUGCACCUUAAAUAUGAUCAACAAAGAUUUUGAGGAGUAUCCUGAACAUCGAACACAUUUCUUCUACCUAUUGCAAGCGGUGAACUCUCACUGUUUCCCAGCGUUCUUGGCCAUCCCCCCUGCGCAAUUCAAGCUGGUGCUGGACUCCAUCAUCUGGGCCUUCAAACACACCAUGAGGAAUGUGGCUGACACAGGUCUCCAGAUCCUCUACACACUCCUCCAGAAUGUGGCCCAGGAAGAGGCUGCUGCACAGAGCUUCUACCAGACCUACUUCUGUGACAUUCUGCAGCAUAUCUUCUCUGUCGUGACAGAUACAUCUCAUACAGCUGGGCUCACGAUGCAUGCAUCAAUUCUGGCAUACAUGUUUAACCUGGUGGAGGAAGGGAAGAUCAGUGUUGCACUGAAUCCCACAAAUCCAGUCAACAACCAGGUGUUCAUCCAAGAGUAUGUGGCAAACCUGUUAAAAACAGCCUUCCCACACCUGCAAGAUGCCCAGGUGAAGGUAUUCGUAACAGGAUUGUUCAGCUUAAAUCAAGAUAUUCCUGCCUUCAAGGAACACCUGAGGGACUUCCUGGUACAGAUAAAGGAAUUUGCUGGUGAAGACACCACAGACCUGUUCUUGGAGGAGCGGGAGGCCUCGUUGCGCCAAGCCCAGGAAGAGAAACACAAGCUGCAGAUGUCUGUGCCUGGGAUCCUCAACCCCCACGAAAUCCCUGAGGAGAUGUGUGACUGAGGCAAACAGCCGUCAGCAAAACAUUCAUCAGAAUGCGGUGUUGGUCCUCCCGCCACAGCGGGUCUGGCACCUGGGUGUUUGUCGACCAAAACAAUGCCAAUAUGUAAAUGAUACUGUGUCACCCAGUGGCCCUUUUUACAUAGUAUGCGUUUUAUAUGGAGAAUUUUGUGUAAUAUCUUUCCAUUGUUCGAGUUUGUUUGGUCAUCUUUUUCUGUUUUAUUUAGAGCUGCAUGAGGUUGUAAGGAUUAAAGACAACUUAAUUUCUCUGCUCCCUACCCCUAGCCUAUUUUCUUGUUUAUAUAUUCUAUAUAAAAGGUGGGAGAAAUGAACUGUUGUAAACGUGCUUGUUAAUAGUCCAUCUGUGGGACGGCUUCUAGAACGCUGGUGGUGUGGAGCUGUGGAGUGAAGGGCUGUGGCCCCCCCCGUGGUACCGCAGGAGAAUGUGAACCUUGGCGAUUAUGAAUGAAGUCUGAACGAUGCUGCUUUUUCCGUCUGUGGUGUCGGGGUGAAGUUGGGCUUGUGGUCGCGCUUGACAAAACCCACCGAAUUUUGUUGCUCAACAGCAAUGUGCAUAUCAUCCCAAAAUGUAAAGCAUCUUUAAAAACAUGGGAACAUAAAGUUGGUUAUUUUUACUUUACGUUUUUUGUGUGUGCGCGCGUGCGUCUGCGCUGUCGCUUAGCCGACAUCAGGUUUUUGUUUUCCUCAAUGAGGAUUGUUGCUCAUUUGUGAGCCUUCAUUAAAUCGAAGUUUGAGAAAGUGGUUGAAAUAUUUAUAGGUUAUCGGCUGCAUCUUUAUAACUCAUGUUAAUUCUGAUGGCUUUUGAGAUUCAGUUGUACUAAUUACAUUGUUUACCAUGCUGUAGUGCUUCAAGAACACUAGAGCAGAGUAAAAAGUGGUUUACAUUUAAUUUUGUAUUUUUGCAUUUUCAAUUUUUUUCUUGGAAAUUAAAUCCAAACAAACAAGGCUUUUAUCCAGAGAAUACAAACUUGCCAACAGUCUAAUUAGAGGAAUGUUUAAAUCCAAAUCCUGAUCUUUAAUUCUCCCUUCA